UUAGAAUUGAGGUUGUCAGUACUAUAAGGGGUAAGCCUUUCAAGGUUAUAAAUCAUAUUGGCUACGUCUACAGUGUCCUAUAAUGCAAUUCAUGCAUUAUAAAACAAAAAUAAAAAGUCGCUGCCAAAAAAAAACUUAAAAAAGUGGAUGAUUAUGUGGGACAUCCUUUCUUAAUCGCUCAUCUGUCUUCAAAACUUAUGGUCGUGCCUCUUUGCAGGUGACCCUAGGUCCAGUGUGACUGCAGCUGAAAGGCCUUCGACAUUUGUCCCGGGCCGUUUUUAUUUUGUGUGUAACUGCUGCAUCUACAUCUGCCAGAACUUCAGCAAGCUUUACCAGUACCCGAGAAGCCAUGACAAUUGCAACUGAAUGGCCGUCGGCAUUUGUAACAGUUGAGAGCCUCCUGAAUGGGGCCAUAAGCGCUUCCGGCUUCCUCGAGGGCCGCCUGAUCAAGACCGAGCCCCAGGACCCGGACGUGUCGCGGGACUACACGGCGGCUGGUGAGGGGGGGCCCCCUUACCGCUGCCCUGUGUGCUCGGUGGGCUUUGCCCGGCGCAUCAGCAUGGCCAACCACGUGCGCAUCCACACGUUCGACUCGAGCCGCGAGACCCUGUACCCGUGCCCGCUGUGCACCAUGGUGUUCGACAAGCGCGACCACCUGGUGCGCCACGUGCGCACCCACACGGGCGAGAAGCCCUACAAGUGCCCUCACUGCCCGAUGGCCUGCGCCGUCAAGUGGAAUCUGGUGACGCACAUGCGGACCCACACCGGGGAGCGCCCCUACAAGUGCCACCUGUGCCCCAAGACGUUCGCCCAGAGGUCCCCGCUCACCACCCACCUCCGGCUGCACAUGGGCUGCAACCCGUUCAAGUGCAGCCGCUGCUUCCAGUCCUUCCGGAGCAGGUGGAUGCUGGCGAGCCACGAGCAGACGUGCAACGGGGCCUAGCGCUGCGUGCUCAAGAGCUUGCCUCGCGGCGGAUCGCGGUCGAUCUGACGCCGCAAUGCAUUUGCGGCUGUGAACUCGCGUGAUACGUGUGUCGGGUCGUCGCGUGACGUGUUCGCGCGACUGGGUUGCUGCGCCUCCUCUCAAUGAUCCGAUGGUACCGGAGACUCGUAGCUUCCGCCGCAGCUUGUUUCUGGCCGAUGGCGCUCGUCGGAGGCGACCGGAGACGGGGGAAACGUGGGUAGAACUGCGGUACUUGGAGAACUCGUCUUCGACUGGUGUGUCCACCAUCCUAUCCCGCCCGUGCGGUUGCAAGGGGUUACAAAGCGGCGAGGAAUUGCCUCGCAGGAGCCGCCAUGUCACACCUUCGGGUGUCGCCGUCCCAGUGGUUGGUCGUAGAAACGCUGGCAAAAAUGGCGAGCGGACGCGAGGGUGUCUGCCUUGGUUUCCAUCGAAUUUCUGGCUUCAGGGCAAUGUAUGCUCUAGAACGAGCGCCCGCCGCAUACAUCUUAAUUUGUUGCCGUGUCACUGCCGGGGUCGCGAUAAGCAACGGCACGAGCUGCGUAACACUUACGAUGUUGUCGGUAGGAAAACAACAAACUCGAGAAUGUGGUAGGCAGGGUAGUUGGAGGUGCACUGAGCACCCUGGGUGGAACUGACGUUACCACAUUAUCAGGUCAGCUCAAUGGUGGACCUUCACGUGUCGCCUGCGAGGGUUUUUAUAAUGACUCGGGCGAUGUUGUCGUCAUUGGCUAGCCCUCUUCAUACUUUCGGGUGACAAACUAUCUUAGGAAUGUAUGAGUUUGUUAUUUGCAAUAUAAUGUUUCCUCUUUCGAAAAUGUACCAUUCUGUUUGUAGCACAUUUCCUCGUGUUGACACAAUCACAUCAAAACAUGUUCUCGCUUUCGAAAUAUCAAAAUUAAGCUUCUCAGCACGCGUGAUGCAGUUAUGGUAGAUUCGCCUAAAUCCACCAAGUCGACCCGCAGAGAAACCUGUGUGCUUCACUUUACUCUAAGGUGCAGAGCCGAUAAUGUGUGGGUUUUUUCCAAGACUAGCAGCCUGUGGACAAAGUGCCAAACGCACUGGCAGUGCCGCCGCUACUGACACCCGGACACGGUUUUGAGCGCUUCCUGUAGUACAGCACCCACGGGAAGUUCCGCAAGCGUUCAGCGUCCUAUCAUGCCCAUACAAGAAAAGUGGUCCCGAAGUGGCAACGAACAACGUCGGAAACGUUGGAGUGUCGCGCUGUCGGAUAUCACGAUCCUGGUAGUUGGUGCUAGAAGUAUAGGCAAAAAGCACGCGCGAAAGGGGAGCGUCGCCGUCGUUGCGGCGUACCAACUCCCGCCGGUUGUAACUUUCAUUGACUGAAGCCGGAGCGUGAUCCGCAGCAGAAAGCGCCUGCCACGUUCACCACUGCUCCGGCGACACGACCGGCAAGAUCGUGGGCGGCGACAGCACGACACUUCUAUGGAACGUUACCAGAUCAGAGACAGUUGACAAGCUUUUUAGAACGCCUGGCGCCUUUUCGUGGCGCGUGCGCUCAUUGCCUGCGGUGAAAAGUGGCCACAGUGCAGGGCUGCCAACCUUAGGGGAAUUUCCCAGAUUAAGGUAAUAUUCAGGUCUAUGUGAGAAUAAGGGAAGUCUUGCUAGUUUGAGGGAACUUUUGGGCACUGUAUAUAUCUGGAGUAUUUAGGUCAAUCAUGUUUUUGUUUUCUUUCGAGAUAACAUUGAAUUUCAUUGGCUUUGGUUACAUUUUGGGUUAUUCCCUCCAUCUGCUUGGCGCUUUGUAGUGAGACCAUCUGGCAACACUGAGGAGCUCUGAAACAACUUUUUUUCGGCAAAAUCAAUUUUCAUCACCGCCAUGAAAACUACGCAGGAAGGGAUCAGUCAACUUGAAGCUUUUGAGAGCGCAGCUAUGCCUUUUCAGAAAAGAAAGCUUGAGUACAAGAAAAUACUGAGAUGUCUGGAGGUACAGACACCAUGUCAAAGAUACAGGCUUACCAUGACUAAUAAUAUUUCGCGAAGUGCCCUGGCACGAAAUGGUGCUUGUUAUGUGUCGUGUUCCAUGUGCUCGAAUUUGAGAGCACUAGCUUGUGUUACAGUUUUCGUUUUGAACCGUCUAUUAUAAAAAGCGCUAAAGAAGUUAUUAAACGAGUACCAUGUUCUGAUGAUGUGCAUUACAUUUUAGGCGACGAUAGGGUUUCAUUUGGCACGUCGAAUCUCCCAGUAACACUUCCCCUCGCUAGAUCUGCUCUGACCACUCUUUUUUUGCGAAACAUAUGCGGGGCGUAAAGGCAACAUAAUUUAUCUCUCAUCGUAAGAAUGGAAGUGGUGCAGGUAACAACGAAUAUUUAGUAUUAUAUAAUUAUUUGGGCAAGUGAGGGAAAUUUAAGCAGAAAUAGGGAAUUUUAAGGUGUCCGCAAGGGAAAUUCUUCCUUUCUGUGUUGGCAGCCCUGCCACUUUGGUCGUCACGAAGUGGCGGCACGUGGUACUAUCCAUGAACGCGAGGUCCUCGGUACACCUACCCCUGCAGCUGGUGGUGCCAGCUAUACGGGUAAAUCUGCAUAAUAAAAACUAGGCAAAUAAAAAAAAAAAAAAA